UAGGAGCGAUCCACCGCCGGGCACACAAGCUCACACGACACAACCACUUUCCAUUUUCAUAAUUUCGAUUUCCAAACCAUAUUUUCGCUCGACAAUUCGGUGACUGACUGCACGCCAGCCACCCAUCGGCGAGAUAUAUAAAAGAAGGAGUCUGGGCUUAUUCCCCAGUAUGUCAUCUCCUGUCGCCUAUGCUAACUUUUCAGCUAGUUCGCCCGAAGAUUAUAACAACGAUUUUACUUGCGAGGAAUAUCACAACCAAAGUAAUUUCGGUGUUACUAGCCAAUUUGCUAAUUACAGUAAUUCCUCGAGGAGUGUUGUCAGGGAAGGUAUGCCACCUCAUCCUUGUCGUUACGAGGAUGGUGGUCAUAUGAGGGAAUCGACGUCCGAAGAUGUUGCUGUUGCUCAGGAGGCCGAAGAUAGACCCACCUGUGAUUAUGCCAAUCAUAGUUUGACUGCUUUGUCCUAUCCGCCAUGUAUGGCAGGAGUGCAUAGGGAUCCAUAUUACGGAGACUACGGAAGUCAUUACUGUGGGACAUCCCCUCACAGUCCAUACAAAGUACAGAGACACGCUGCUAAUAUUCGAGAACGAAAACGGAUGAUGAGUAUCAACAGCGCGUUUGAAGAGCUUCGUUGUCACGUACCGACAUUCCCUUUCGAAAAAAGACUAUCGAAGAUCGACACUUUGAGACUGGCCAUUGCUUACAUCGCUCUGCUUAGAGAAAUCCUGGUUUCUAAUUAUGAUCCCUUAACUCAUAUUGAGAAGUGUCUCAAGGGAGAGAUCAAAGGAGAACACGCAGUUGAAUGGAACACAAGCGGUAGAUUUAACUGCACGAUUAUCAUGGAUCAACUGGGAGAAUCUUGGUGUAAAUCCCAAUCGCAGAAGCGUACUUACUACAUUAUCUUUAACGACAGAUUCACUGACCUGCCAGAAUGGACAAUGACUUUCUUUAGAGUUAAAAAUUAAUAUAAUCUACGAUGUUUACACAUAAAUGUUCUCUGUGCAUCCCUCGUUAAUAAGUGUAUCUAGAUAUAUUUGCUUUCUUUUACGUACUAAAAACCUGAAAAAUCUUCAUUGAACUUCUGUCUAUGUAUAUAUAUACAACACCAUAUAAAUCCUGUAUAUGUCUGUAAAUAUGUAAAUGUAUGUGUUAUGAGGUCUUUCAGAUAACAUAUACUUGGUUGACAAUCGAUAUCAGUUACAUGUAGAAGCAAUUGAAAAGAAUAAAAAAAAG